AUGGAGCCGCUCAAUGUCUUGAUGGUCGGCACGGGGGAGUACACGACGGGGUUUGUCGGCACCGGAGCGUCUGGCUCAGACAAGAAAGUUGGCGUUGUCGGGCUUUCCAUGUUUGAUCUCAGGCGCAGGGGAAAGGUUGGCAAGCUGGGGAUGGUUGGUGUCAAUGGAACAAAGUUCCCGGCGAUCCGCGACCACCUGCACAACAACAUCACGCUCGCCUACAACAAUCUCGACACCUCGUUCGAGUCGUCCCCGGCCGACCACGUCAAGGACCCCGACGCGUUCCGGGCUGCCAUUGACAGGCUCGGCCCCGGAGAUGCCAUAACCAUCUUCACGCCAGACACAACCCACUACCCCAUCGCCCUCUACGCCAUCGAGCGCGGCAUCCACGUCAUGAUCACCAAGCCCGCCGUCAAGCUUCUCGAGCACCACGUCGCUUUGCUCGAGGCGGCCGAGAAGCACGGCGUCUACGUCUACAUAGAGCACCACAAGCGAUACGACCCCGCCUACUCGGACGCAAAGUUCAGGGCCAAGAAGCUGGGCGACUUCAACUACUUCUACAGCUACAUGUCGCAGCCCAAGUCGCAGCUCGAGACCUUCAAGGCGUGGGCCGGGGUCGACUCGGACAUCUCGUACUACCUCAACAGCCACCACGUCGACAUAUGCGACUCGAUGGUGUCGCAGCUGGGCUACGUCCCGGUGAAGGUGUCGGCGUCGGCGUCGACGGGCACCGCGGCCGGCCUCGGCUGCGUCGAGGGCACCGAGGACACCAUCUCGCUGCUGGUGCACUGGGAGAAGCCGGCGGACCCGAGCAAGCACGCGACGGGGGUCUACACGGCGUCGUGGACGGCGCCGCAGCGAGCCGGCGUGCACAGCAACCAGUACUUCCACUACCUGGCCUCGGGCGGCGAGCUCCGCAUCGACCAGGCCAAGCGCGGCUACGACGUGGCCGACGACGCCGCCGGCCAGCUGAUGUGGUACAACCCCUUCUACAUGCGGUACGCGCCCGACGAGGACGGCAACUUCAACGGCCAGAGCGGCUACGGCUACGUGUCUAUGGAGAAGUUCGUCGACGGGUGCCGCGCGGUCAACGCCGGCACGCUGAAGCCGGCCGACCUGGACGCUAAGGGCCUCCCGACGUUGAGGAACACCAUUGCCACGACGGCCAUCCUCGAGGCGGGCCGGCGGAGCCUCGACGAGCACAGGGAGGUGAGGAUCGAGAAAACGGACGGCACCUGGAAGUUGAUCUAG